AAACGUCCAAUAUCCUCUUGCUAGGGUGCAAUAUGAAAAAAUCACCACCAUCUAUCAUCCCGUUAAAUUACGACUACCAAAAAAUGUCACCGUCUUCCACAUCAAAUCCAAUACCAGCACAAAGUGAUGCCGCAACUUCAUUGUAUGACAAUCAAUAUCAAAGCCUUUUUGGGGAUCCUGUUCCGCCAACGCCAUCUGAGGAUUAUUUUGGUCAUUUAGAUGGUAGUUUGUAUGGCAGCUUUCGGCGAGAUUCUUAUGCUUCUGCAAUAGCAGAUGAUUUCAAUCGAACGAUAACUUUGGCCACAGAUGGCGGAGGAAGUAGGAGGAGAUUAUCAAGACUGUUCUCACAAACACCAAUAACUAGCACGAAUGCGGGUUUAACAAGUAGUCCGAGAUUGGCACCUCCAGAUAUUCAAAUCUUGCCUGAUAGUGGUAGUGGUGGUAAUUCAAGUUCUGAUCAACAAGCCUCACCGAAUUAUGGAUUGUUAAGGCCUGAUGAUGCUGUACGAUUAUCGAUUGAUGAUAGUUUUGAACAAUCGCAAGAUAUGGAUAGUAAUGGAGUGCAAGAUUAUGUAGAGCAUGGUCAAACGGCACAAGAUGUUAUUCGAAGGAUAUCGGACUUCUCCGAGGAUUUUAAAUCGAAUGUUGGAUCUUUGAGAGAAUCACCACCCGAAAUCCCCGAACCACCUUCCAGAUACACCCGCCAAAUAUCCAACGAAUCAUACUCCAGCACAGAAUGGUUCAAACCCAUAAAUGCCUAUCCAGAAUUCACAAAAAUGCCAAAAAUGCGACCAAGUUCUAAAAAUGUCCUCUCGAUAAAACAUCUCGAAAUGCCACCAGAGGAUUCACCAGUUGCAGCAAUGAUUAAUGAUUCGAAUGGUUCAAGUAGUGGUGAUGAUCAAAGAAAAAUCGAUCCAGUUCCUGUUAGACCACCUGAUCCGCAACCAUCACGUUUGAGAUCGUUACAACGUCAAUCGAGUUCAACAGAUUCGAUGUUGCCAAGCAAUCUUCCUCCAAUUCCACCACCACCACUGCCACCAGCACCAUGUUCUCAGCAAAUGCCUCCAGAGUCAGUUCUUCCACAGCCAAUACCUCGGCAAGUAUCACCAAUUAUUGUUACCGAAGCAAUCACAACAGGAGCUGAUUAUAGAGUAACUGCUCCCCGAACCCACAAAAAGCCAUCUUUUACAAUUAUUGCCGAAAAAUCAUCACAGUCUUCCAUCGAACAAAAACCUCCAUCUUCCGGGCUUUCCCCCUUCCGUGGCCACGGAUUUAAAGAACCCGAAACUCUUCCACAAUUGGUAUCUUCCGAGAGUCCAUCAAAACCAGUAGCAAUGCCUCGAAUGCUUCAUCAAAAAUCACUCUCGUCAACUCAUCUAAGACUUCCCAGUAUAUCAGGUCCAUCAGGAAAAUUGCCAGGUUCAGACGACUCCCCACGGCCUUCGGUUCAGUUCAAUAUGAGCGGCAGACGUGCAUCAAUACAAUUAACUAAUCAAAAAGGAAUCCUUCAAAAAGGAAAAGAUCAUUCUUCGUCUUCCCAAGAUACUCCUUUAUCUGCUAGAUUAGACCCUUUUGCUAAAGAUAAGACCAUUAAAAGCUGUGAAGCACUGCCACUAAUAACGGAUCCCUAUAGAACUUCAAUACCAAGGCUGAGUGCGCCACCAAGUGCACCAACGCAACCAAUUGUCUCAAAUUUGAAUCCCACAAGAAAACAACGAGGCCUUUUGAGAGUCAUCAACAGUGCAGAUUCAAACUCACGAAUUCCGGUUCGAUCGAAUUGGGCCAGCAUGGAUGAUCUAUCGACACAAAAAAAGCCAAUGCUAUCACCACUUCGGGUUCAAAUUCGUCGUCGAUCAAGCUCUACAUCACCGGAAAGAAGAAGUUCCACACAAACUGAACCUAGAAGUUCUAUCGUCUCCGAUCGCCGAAGCUCCAAUCUAAGCUCGGUUACAACUUCUGACUUUAGCUUUCGUCGGAACUCCUUGUCACCUAUAAAAACUCCCUUGACUGGUAGAAGAAAAUCUAUAUUUCAGCCAGGAGGGACAACAAAAUCUACACCAGUGUCACCGGCGAAUCGAAAACGAACUUCAAGAACUCCCCGGAAAGUCGCAAAGCCAUCUACACUGUCUCCAAUCAUUGGAACACCAAAUAAAGAUCUUCCUCCAACUUCGCCAGCAAAAGCUCGACCUAUUUCAGUAUCUUUGUCUCGUAGGGAAUCACUCUCAAAAAUUCCAGUCUUGAAUAGUCCAAAUGGUGCUUCAAGAUCAAAUUCCAGAUUGAGCUCACGAGGAAACUCACGAGUCAGCUCGAGAUCGAGUUCACCUUAUAAAGACUUUGGUGCAAGUCCAAGAGUUCCUUCAAGCCGUUCUCCAUCGCGACAAUCUCUACGACCUGAAUCAAGACUGACAUCAAGAGGUGGAUCACGUCCAGUGUCACGGGCAGCCUCUAGCAAAGCUCCUUCAAGAUCAACUUCUAGAGCUUCAACUCGAGAAAUUUCUAGAGCUGCUUCUCGAGCGAAUUCUCGAGCCAGCUCUCGACCAAAUUCCCGCAUGGAUCAAGCAAAGGCGAUUGCGAAUUCUCGAUCGAAUUCUCGACUUAGUACGAGAAGUGAAAGUCCAACAAAAAGUCGAAGCCCACCAAAGACCGAUCGAAGAAAUAAGUCUUCAUCGCGAAGCCCGGAUCCGAGAAAAACUCGAAGAAAAUCCAUAAGUCCUGAAAAAUCCAAAACACCUGUUGUUCAGCGAAGAAAUUCCAAGUCACGUAUUCCAGCUCGUAUUCCCACCUCGAAAUCUCCAACGGGCACGAAGCCCAGAGUUCCAUCAAGACCUGGAAUGACACCGAGAAGAGAAUCUCCAAAAAGAGCGAGUGUUCGUAAAUCGCCAGUAAGUGCCAAAAAUGCAACUGCCAGCAGUGUUCCACGAGGCAGUACUAAAAGUAGUAUGAAAGCUCCUACGAAAGGGAUAAAUACAAAGAAAACAGCGACUGAUGGAGUCCGAAGAACUCCAUCGUCUGUAAAAAAGCCAAUGGGUAAGGGUUCAACUCCAAAGCCAGCUUCAAGUCCGACGGGCUUAAAAAGUCGACAACCAAGUAACCUUCAAUCGAGUAAUCUUCGAAAGACUGACCACAAACGUGAAUCUUCGACAGUCCGUCAGGCUAUUAUAGCAGCGGCAAUGCUGAAAAAAGAAGCUUCAUCCAUGAGUUUGAAAAAGGAGGAAGUCAAAGCUGAUCAAGCUUCCAGUAACCAAGCUGAAUCGCAAGAAACUGAAGCAAUUCAAUCUAAAGAAGAAGGAACUAAAGGGCCUCCGAAGUCUCUGAAACGCCAGCCUUCAACAAUGGCCCUUUUAACAAUCGGUUCAAAGCUUAGUCUUUUAAAAAAGCGGUCUGACAGUAACCUGAGCAAAAAAAUGAACGACAUGAAGAAAACUGCUGACGGUGAAGGUGCAACUAACGGUAAUAAUACAGAAAAUGGUAAGCUUGUAGCUUUGACAAAGCCAAAUGUUAUUUCAAUGACUACCGCUGCCAUUACAGCUAAGCCUGUGGAAAUAAGUACUGUCCUGGCAAAUCAAUUGCCAAAGUCAAGUAGUACUGGGCAAUUGUUGGCAGGACAAGAACAAGACAUGGCAGCACUGCCGGCAGCCAUAUUGGAAAAAUCACAAAAAACCUUGGAGAAUAUACAAAAGACUGUGACAGAAGCAACAGAUGAAAUACAAAAGACCAUCAAUGAGAACUUAACUGAUUUGAAGACAUUGGAGAGUGACAUGGGCAAGAUGUCGGAGGAGCUAACCGGUUCACCAUUGUCUUUGGAAACGUCUGAUAGCCUUAAGACGGUUAUUGAAAAGCGUUCGCCUAAAAAUGCUGCCGAAGGCAAGACAAAAGCAUCGUCGUCGUCGUCGGGUACCGCCGCCGUUGAUGAUGCCUUUGGUGAAGCGGUACAGAAAUCUCCGAUUCCUGCAACUCGUCCUUUUGAUGCAACAGUUACAGUUAUCAAUCCAUCGAAGGAAUUGAAGAAUAAUUUAAAAGGUACUGCAGGAUUAGGAGCAGGUGGAACAACAACAAUGAGUAGCAGCGGUUUAGAUGUUGAUGAGGAUUUAGCCGAAAGGGUUAGUGAACGUGCUAUUUCUGUGUUGCCAGAAGUUGACUGUGAAAGUGCAAAUUUGCAGAGUAACGAAGCUGGAUUCAUUGAGGAUGUUGAUGUUAUGAGUGGCCAUUCUGGAGUUGGAAAAGAUUCAAAGGCAACCAGUUCUCAGCAUAAAAGUGUUAAAAUUGAUGGAGGCGAUAGUGAAGACGAUACACAAAAAGAAGCUGGCAGUCAGGAUCCUCUCGAUGAGGAAAAUGAAAAAUCCAAAGGCUGUUGCAAAUGGUCCAAAUGUAAAUGUUCUUCGUGUUUUUGUUUACCAUGUCGCCGUUCUCGAUGUUCAAAAUGUUUUCGCAAAAAAGAUCAAGAUCCCGAAACAGCUUCAUUGGCCAGUGUAGAAUUGGUCGAUGAAAAGGUCAGUUGUUGGAAGAAAAUGAAAUGUUGUAAACGAAAACCAAAAGCAUCUACAACUGAAGAACCAAUGCAUCAUCGAACAAUGGAAACUAUCAGUGAAGAACCAGAAAGAACAGGAAGUCACACUUCAACAGCUCCUAAGCAAAAUAAAUGUGGACUUUGUAUGAGAAAAAUAUUCUGCUGUCGAUCGGUGAAUAAAGUCGAAGCUGUUAAAGAUGAUACCGAAGAAGUGAAGAAAUGCUGUUUCUGUAUACCGUGCAGGAAGAAAAGAUCAGCGCAAGCUGAGAGUUCGACACAACCUGCCUGGGAGGAUCCAGAAAGACCAAUACAACAGGCUACAGAGGGAGCUGCACCAACACCAGCAGUUACUCCUGCAGCUCCUCCACAAGAAGGUUGUUGUUCAAGGUUCUGGGGAAAACUAAAUUGCUGUAAGAAAAAACAAACCGUAGCUGAUAGCAGACGACCUAGCAUGAAACAGGGUCUCCCACCAGAGGAAACCCGUCGAAAACUCCAUGUAGAUUUGGUCGAAUUCAACUCCAAGAUGAAAGGUGCUAUCCCAGUGAUGCCACUUUAUUUGGCUUGGUUCUGUGCAAUUUGUAACACUCUUGUCCCAGGAUUAGGAACUUUACUUUCAGGAUUCUUUUGUAUUUGUGUUGGUAUUCCUCGAUUUAGCAUGUACGAUAGUGCUAAAGCACGUUUUGGAUCACUCAUCAUCAAUUGCAUUGUAGCAGUGGCUCAGUUAUUUUGUGUGCUAUUCUGUUUCGUUGGUUGGGGAUGGUCAAUAUGGUGGGGAACUAUAAUGCUUAAAACUGCAAGAAAAUUGAAUAAGAUUAAAAAAGUGGAAAAACUAGAAGAAGAAGAGGAAAAAAGACAAGCUGAGAUGGCUGCUGCAGCUACAAUUGCUACAACAACUGAUGUUGAAGCUGCAAAAGCUUAAA